CACUUUUCUUCUCUAUUAUCUCGCCACGAUGGACGAUGACGCUAGGUUCGCCGACAUAUCCCUGCAACUGCGGAAACUGACUGCCCGCGUCAACCGCCUUGAGCACAACAACAUUCGUCUCUCGCGCAAGCUGUAUGCGCGCACUGCUGCCCUGGUCUCUGUGCUACAGCAGUCGGCAAGUGCGCUGGGUGCCGAUGAGUCUCUCACUGACAGUGACAGCGAUGAUGCCUUGAUUACACAUCCACAUCCACAUCCAACGACACCUUUCAUAAGCCAUGUGAUGCAGCAGCAGCAGACAUCAAGUCUAACAUCAAUGCUGCCUAGCACUCCAGUGGAUGAGUACUCGCUGUCGCCGGAGCUUGGGCCUACCACCACCUUUAAGCUUCAAACUACUGACCACCUACAAACCAGCCCCGAGCUUUCUGCUACUGAAAGCCGUGCCCUUAACCAGCCGAUGCCUAAACUCGUACCAUCACAACAGUAUCAGGGCAACAAGCCCCUUCCCAGCCACUGCCAGACGAGGACGAAGGCAGCGAAUUGGGCACCAAGCACAUGCAGUGCCGCAAUGUGGCCCCACAUAAUGCCUCGAGCACAAGCCGCAGUGCCACCAAGGACUCUGGUACAACGAACGGCUCUAUCCAUGCCAAAGAUAGGAGGCAGCGCCAAGAAGAGCCACGCCAUCGUACAAUCCACAAGGCUGCUCGUCCAGAUCCUCACCCAGCUACAAACAGGAGGUCCUCGAGAUCUAGGUCGCGUCCAAAGUCCCAGGACACAAGUCAUUCUCAUAGAUCGCUCAGAUCUCGUAGUCGUAGCAUUGGCAGAAGGCGCAGUGGGAGCAGUCAAGAUAGAGGAUACCCGCCACGCUAUGGCUGCCGCAGCCGUAGUCCCGUACAAAGAGAGCGGGGGGUGGGUCGCCCACGCAGGUCCAGCCGGAGCCGUGAGGGUGAAUCUUGGCAACCCCGCUCCAACUGCAGUCGUAGUAAGUCAAGAGGGCCUAGUCGCCAUGAAAGUACCGACCGGAAUGGCCACACAAGUCGAGCGAGGCAAGAGGAGGUCGUCAACGAUCGUGGCUGGCGAGUCAGCAUGUACUCUCCCAAAUAUGACCCCAACCCUGCGACUAGCACUUCGCCGACAUCCAACUCAAAGGUUGUUGCAUGGAAACUCAGUACCGACAUGUCUGCCAUAUCCCCCUCACCCGACCAAAACGGUGCUAUUGCGCAAAAUAGUGAUCUUGGCCUACUGCAGGCUAGCCACGGAUUUGAGAUCGACACGGCCAUGGCCACUGGGCAUGGCCAAUGAUGAGGAAGAAGAUGACGACGAUGACAACAUAAUGAUGGCGCUGAUGUCGCCUGAGAAGCGGCAGAUGAAAGCGAUGGUUAAUAUCCAGGAUGGAGCAGGUAUCCCCUUGACAUACAGCCGUCUUGUGCCUGUGUGGUCUGUGUGUGCAUGGGUGCCGCUCAACGAUCUGUCGUCGCUGUUCCAACGCGUGUAUAAGGCAUCGCUGCACAUCAAAUCGGCUGUGCAAGAGUUUGGCGAGCUAACCGCAACGCAGGUUGAAAUUGGCAACCACCCGACCACGCUUUUGCUCCACAAAAAAAUCAAACAGCUCUACUUUUACCUGGCCACCACCGUCCUGUGGCCAGUCGAGUAUAACAGCUCCACCACUAUAUUCCGUCUGUGGACUAGUAUACUCAAAGACUUUCCUCAGCGUAUUCGCCCCAACGGCGUGUUCCAGGACAUGUGGACAAGCACCAUCGACUGGCUGGUUCUACUAGCUGACAAAUGGCUGGUGGGCAAGGUGCAGGCCUGGGAUGCGACCUUGGACUUGGUUGAAGGCCUAGACGUAGCCGAUAUCCGUGGCUUGCUGGAAAUACUGCCGAUCCUGCUCUCAAGACAGCUGGGAAGAGCAAAGAAGCUCGACCUUGAUGACAUGCUCAAUGGGUUCUUCAACAGGUGACUUUUUUUUUGCUGUACAUGCUCAUCCUAAUUGAUAUUGCAAACUUUUAUAUGC